AUGGCUUAUAUUCAAGACAGGGUCUCUCUUAAGAUUAUCGACUCAUCCUGUCCACCUGUUUUUCAGGCACCUAUCAAGCGUAUACACCAAACAGAGGAUGUCCAUAGAUUUCUCGCCAGCGAAGCUUACCGAGACAUUGGCCUUUUCAUCCUUCAACUCAACCACGCCAUUUGCCCGCGACAGUUAGCUGGUUCUUCUCUCUCAGUAUAUCCUCUUGGAUCGAAGGCAACAUCAACGGGUUCUAUUCAGUCAUUACAGACGCUUCUAUCAUGCAUCCGCACUCUCAUUGGCAAGGCGCCCCCAGAUCCAGGAUCCCACAGGUUUGGAAAUGUAAGCUUUCGUACAUGGUUUCGACUCCUCAAUGCCGAGCUGGAUAACUUGCUGGAUGAUGGGUUACUUGCGGAAACUCUCCGGGUAGGCAACGGGCAUGCCAAGGAUGAGGUAGCAAGCUAUUUGCUCGGAUCGUUUGGCAGCCCGCAGCGCCUCGACUACGGUACAGGCCAUGAGCUCAAUUUCGUUGCUUUUCUUGGGUGUCUAUGGAAAUUAGGGCAUUUCAAGGAUGGAACACAAGGCGGGCAUAUUGAAAGGGAAAUUGUGCUCCUGGUUAUUGAACCGUAUCUCGAUAUCGUGAGACAACUCAUUACGACAUAUACUCUUGAGCCAGCAGGCUCACAUGGCGUAUGGGGCUUAGAUGACCAUUCAUUUAUUCCGUAUAUCUUUGGGUCUGCACAACUUACUCGCCCAAUCAGUAAUGAAAAUGAUCCUAUGCCCCUCGAUGGCUCCGUAAGAGGCGCACCGAAACCAAGCGAUAUCACCAACCCCAGCAUUGUCCAGGAUAUGAGACAGGUUAACAUGUACUUUGCAGCCGUUGCAUUUAUCAACGAUGUAAAAAAAGGUCCAUUUUGGGAGCAUAGCCCAAUGCUAUUCGACAUUUCCGGCAUAAAAGAUGGAUGGGGCAAAAUUAAUAAAGGCAUGAUCAAAAUGUUCAACGCAGAGGUCUUAUCGAAAUUUCCUGUCAUCCAGCAUUUCCCUUUCGGUACGCUGUUCUCCUGGGAUGAGAAUAGACAGACACUAGAUCCAAAUCAGCACAGAGAGGCUACCAGAUCGCAAAAUUACGUGGCUUGA